AUGUCCCGACGAACUCCAGGUUCUGGUAUGUCCUCGACACGCUCCGACGCCAACCUAUACCUCGACCUUCGCUCGCACCGACACGCCCUGAACCGCGUAUCGAAGCAAUCUGCAAAGUACUAUGGCUACCGCGGCGUGCACCCCGGCUGGGUAAAUCAACCAUACCUGGCCCUUCGCCCCGACACCAUUGCAUCGUUUUCUGACCCGUGCCCCCGCACCGCCUACGCGAGCUGUGCGCCGACCCUGCGGCACCCCGCACACAUGCAUGUGUCGACUUGGACGAAAAGGGAUAUGUGGUUGGACAGAGAGCGUGGGAUCUGGCCGCUGGACCGACGGCAUCACAAAGGAAAGAAGAUCCGUGAGAAGUAUUGUUGGAAGUACACGGAGAAGGAACUGGGGAGGAGAAUGAGGGUGAAGACAAGGGGUUUGGAGGGGGCAGUUAGUGGGGCAGAAAUUGAGGCGAGGUAUGGUGAUGAUUAUUACUUAUGUAGAUUUGGUGACGAUGACGUUGAAGAGGAGGGUUAUGAUGAUAGGGACGGAGAUGGGGGUGACGAUGAGGAAGGAGAAGAAGGAGACGUUGAGGAGUUCAUUGAAGAUGGAGCCUCUUUUGUCGACGAACAAGAGCUUUCCGAGAAGGAAACUGAUGUUGAUAACGAGGACGGAUUCAAUAUCAUUUCGGAACGGGACUUCGACGUCUUGUCGAUUUCUUCAAUUGAAGAGGACGACGGUGAAGGAACCUGA